CAACCGUUCACUCACUUUCCUCCAAGUCAAAGGGAAUAUGACUAGAGGGAAGUUAGUUGAGGCUUUCAAUUACUGGAUGAGGAUACCUGAGGAUAAACUAAUGGCCAUAUCUGAGGUUAUCUACUUGCUGCAUAAUGCUAGCCUUUUAAUAGAUGACAUAGAGGACAACAGUGUUUUACGACGAGGUAUCCCUGUGGCACAUCGUGUAUAUGGAAUUGCAGCAACCAUAAAUUCUGCUAAUUAUGUUUAUGUCCUGAGUCUCGAGAAAGUUCUAGCUCUGAAUCAUCCAAAGGCUACUACAAUACUUUGUGAGCAGCUUCUGGAGCUCCACCGAGGGCAGGGAAUGGAGAUGUACUGGAGGGAUUCACUUACUUGUCCGUCGGAGGAAGAAUACUCACAGAUGGCCAUGAGGAAAACAGGUGGAUUAUUUGGCUUGGCUAUUCGCUUAAUGCAACUUUUCAGUCAAACUCAAGAGGACUUUUCAAGAAUCACAGGAAUUUUGGGGCUGUACUUCCAGAUCCGUAAUGACUAUUCAAUCCUUUACUUGAAGGAGUACUGUGACAGUAAGAGCUACUGUGAGGAUUUCACAGAAGGCAAAUUCAGUUUUCCGGUCAUCCAUGCCAUUAAAAGUCAACCUGACGACCAGCAAGUUAUUAACAUCCUUCGCCAGAGACCUGAAGACCUGGAGGUUAAACGCUACUGCGUGUCCCUUCUGAAGAAGUUUGGUUCCCUUGAGUACACCAAAGAAACCAUGGAGAAACUGGAAGUCGAAGCGAGAGAGGAGAUUGCCAAACUAGGAGGGAACCCGCUCCUGGAGAGUAUGCUGGCCGAACUCGGGAACAGAUAG